UCAUCGCUAGCAAAACAGCUGAUUUGGUUUGUUUUGAAGGAAAAUUGUUUUUUCUUUGGAUUCGAUUUAAAAAAAGUUAAAUAUGCUAACUUCCAUGGUUAAAGAGCACCACAAGGAGCAGGUGAAGCGAAAACAAGAGCAGGAGGUGCGACGCAAGGAGGCCAUAGAAGCCUCCAACGAACUUACCCAAUCCCUGGUAGACACCCUGAAUGUGGGCGUGGCUCAGGCCUACCUGAACCAGAAGCGCCUGGACGCGGAGGCCAAACAACUGCACAUGGGAGCCACCAAUUUUGCAAAGCAGACCCAUCAAUGGCUGCAGCUCAUUGACCAGUUCAGCAGUGCUCUGAAGGAACUCGGUGAUGUGGAGAACUGGGCACGCAGUAUUGAGGGGGAUAUGCAUGUGAUAAACCAGAGCCUGGAACUGGCCUACAAAGCGUCUCGAGCGGCGCAGACUGGAACUGCAUGUGGAGCAGCAGCUGCUGUGGAAGCCUCCACUUCAUCGUCGGCAAGGCCAAAUCCUAGUGCUACAUAACUACUUUUAGGUUUACUCUCUGUUUCCAAAUAAUUCAUAAUAUAUUUUACUAGUUUUCUGUUUUGGUUAUAACGCUUAAGGAAUUUGAAAGAAAUACAUUUAAUCCUGAUUCCUGUUGUUAAAUAAAUUGAAUUUAAGUUAAGAUUCCUAAAUUCCUUAACAAGGAAAUCUAUUAAUAACUCAUGACAUACGCACUUCUGUCACUCAGAAAGACCAAUUCAAUAAAUAAAGAACAAAAGACUCAA